AUGCUAAACUACGACUCCGAUUCAACCGGUUACGGCUCGUCCUCCGAUACUUCCAGUCCGCUGACCGCAUCGCAAUUUAUUCUCAGACCGGUCACUGUUCUAAGUUCAUAUUCGCAUCAUUCACCAUACGAAAAGUUCAACUUGGAUGAUUAUGCCACGUCCAGCUCUGAUUCGUCAUCAUGGUCGUCGCGAACCACGUCUGAAACUGUAAGUCACACUAUUUCAAUAGUAAAUACUUCAUUCUCAGCUCGAUUGGAUCGUAUUCUUGCCUUGAACUCAGGAAAUGUUGGAUCUAGAGCCUAG